AUGACGAGAUGUGUAGAUUACCGAAAUAUUGAGCUGAUAACCUAUCCUUUGUUUUCAAACAAAUGGCGAAUCAACAAAUUGCUGCUGAUUUGCGAGUCAAGUGUCCGAACGGUGUUCCCUUCCCGUGCGCUACAGGCACGACCUCAUAUUAGUUCCCCCAGUGGGCCAUCAGCCACGGGAGUUCCUGCGCCGCAUCACUCUAAACCAAAAGCGGCCCCUCCUGCAGACCUGUGGAUCUUGGAAUUUGCUUGGCUUGGAAUAGCACCGUCCUUCUGCUCAAGCUCUUCUGCGACGGAGUUGCCUGGUGAUGUAUUCUAA